UGGACUUUUGGCCAUUUUGUAAUUAAGACCAAAGUAAGUCUGUAAUUUUAGCGUUGACGGAGAUGAAAAAAAAGAGGACCAUUCACCUACGGCAGCUCAGCUGCGCUUGCCAAAGGCCAUAAGACCGCUGGGUUAUGAUCUAAAAAUGCAAACCUAUCUGCCCUCUUACGUGGAUUUCCCGAGCUCUAAGGACUUCACAUUUGAUGCCGAGCUCAACAUUGAUCUUGACGUAGUUGAAGCGGAAGACAAGAUCGUGCUCAACAUGAGAAAUCUCACAAUAGACAAAGACAAAAGUGAGCUCUAUGUGGUAAGUACUUUCAGACCAUGA